GCGAUCGCUCUUUAUGCGGCACGUCGCGCCGCCGUUCGCCGAGGCGCGCACGAAAGUGCACGGUGUCACAUUUUGAGUCUCUCUUGUUCGCCUCCUCAUACAGCCCUGUCAGUGAAUUUAAGAUGGCUGCUUUGUGUACCAGUGUGUGUGUGUUUUUUUUUUCUCUUUCUGUGGCUCCUGCAUCCCACUCCCCUCACGCCCACCCUCCCCCCCUCCCUCCACAUCAGUGUCCGUGUUUUCUCUGGAUGUGUUUGCGGGACUGCGGCGCCCGGUCGGGGCACGCGGAGCUCCGGGAGAAAUCGAAACGCUCUUUUGUCGGGUCCGAUGGUCGCGGGGCAGAGCUGGAUGCAUACGAUGAGGCCACUAUAGGGGCCACUCUGUAGUCCGCAGGCUGUGCACCAGCACACCGCCUGCAUUCAGCUGCACGACUCUUCCACUCCCACCACCCCCCCUGCUCUGCACGCGUUAUUCGCCGCCACGACACGUCGUUAACAGUCGGACUCGUUGACCACGAAGUCCCUUUGUUGUGGUCUCACAACCUGCUGUCCCAAGGCCGAGCUGCAGACAUUGUCGUCUGAGGACACUCGCCGACUAUACGGGGAAUGAACGUAGGCUGCUGUGUGUUUCUGUGCAACCAGAACCUCUCAUGGUGUUAUUUGUUUUCCACUGCAGAUCUGUCCAGAUGGAUAAAAUGCAGCCCAACCGGAUUAAAAUCACAGAUCUGAAUCCACACCUCUCGUGCCCACUGUGUGCUGGUUACCUAAUUGAUGCUACGACCAUUGUAGAGUGCCUGCACUCCUUUUGUAAAACUUGUAUCGUUGCCUUCUUGGAGACAAAUAAGUUCUGCCCCAGAUGUGACGUUCAGGUCCACAAGACCUGCCCACAGCUCAGCAUCAGGGCAGACAAAACUCUACAAGAUAUUGUUUAUAAGCUUGUUCCGGGGUUAUUCAAAGAUGAGAUGAAACGGAGGCGGGACUUUUACGCGGAGAAUCGUGUUUUGGAACCGGGGGAAGUGGUGGAGACGUUUAACAUAGCUGAGGAUGAAAUCAUCAGUCUGUCCAUACAGUUCUACGAGAGGAACAAAAAUAAUGAGAGACAGCAUUCAGAGUUGGAAGGAGACAAGUCCAAUGGUAAACGCUUCCUGCAGUGCCCAGCAGCGAUGUCGGUCAUGCACUUGGCAAAGUUCCUCCGUAGCAAGAUGGAUAUUCCCAACAACUAUCGGGUGGAGGUUUUGUAUGGAGAUGAGCACUUGAAGGACUACUACACACUAAUGGAUAUUGCCUACUUUUACGAGUGGAGACGAACUGGACCCAUCCCCCUGCAGUAUCUGGUCAAACCCAGCAGGAAGCGCAGGAGGCCCCCCCAGUCUGCCGUCCAGGGCCACUCCGACGGCGUCAACACCAGCCCGACAUCGGAGAGCGACUCCCAGAGUGACAAAGUCCACAGUCACACGGCGGCCCAGCCGCCCAGAGCCUCCUCACAGUCCAGCCCCGCGUCGCACAACCUCCCCCCCGCCAUCCAAAGCUCCAACGGUACCACGGUGACCACCAACACUCAGCGACACACUCUGGCCUCCAAACAGGGCGCCAACGCUCGCAAGGUGACUGUCAACGGCACGAGCUCCGGGGCCGGCAAAGAGGAGGCGAGAGGGGGCGACAAGAGCGGGUUGCCUCCGACGACCUAACGUGCAUCGAGGGGAGCGGGGAGGACAGUGUUGGAAUUGCUCCCCGACCUUCUUUCUAAAUAGAGAGACGAGCUUGAGCCUUCUGGACAAAAAGGAGGCAGAUUACGGUUCUCAUCUUUCAGCGGGAAAGAACGAGAAGGGCAGCCAAAUAGACACUUGUGCGCGUGUGUGUGUGUGCGCGCGCGUGUUUGUGUGUUUAUGUGUGUUUAGACUAGAACAGUGCACACAUACAAACUGUACAGUAUGUAUCAAAUGUGGGCAUGUGUGCAUACAUAUGUAUAAACUUAUCUUUUUUACAAGAUAUUGUAAUCGUUUUGUAUUGUAUAUGCAGUGGGUCCUUUUCAUUUCCAUACUGUAAAUGUAUCAACAUUGAUCUGCCUCCAUAACACUUGGGACAAAAUGAUGAAACGGUAUUGCAGUGUUCAUCGCUGCAGGAGUUGGAUGUAAAGAGAAAAACAGUCAUGUUAAUUACUGCUGUAUGUGUCCAUUAAAAGCAACUGUUCAUCAGGUAACACAGGUACAUUACAUUGAACUGUUGAUGCACUUUGUCAAAGGUCAGCUCACGCAAUCCAACAAGUAUUUUCCAACUGGAGAAGCAUUUAUAUUUACAAAGUUCCUAGCACUACCACGCUUGUGAAAAGAUGUUUGUCAUCAGACCAUGGUUUUUUUCUCUCGUGGCAGUUGAAGAGCUCAAAAGGGAUUUUAAUAUUUGGCCAUAUAUGUUGUAGUUCCAUACAUUUCAACAUUCCUUUUGUUUCUUUUCAACAAGCAAUGCUAAAUUUUUUUAUCAGCCAUAUGUGCAUGUUUUAGGUCAAUAAAAUGUUUACUUACUAGGUU